AUCAUGCCCAAAUUGGGCAAUGCUACCGCCAAAGCUGAACUGGGCCGCUCCGCAUGGCAUCUCUUUCAUACCAUCAUGGCCCGCUUCCCAGACCGGCCGACAGCGGACGAGUCUGCUGCGCUGAAGUCGUACAUCGACCUCUUCACGCGUCUUUACCCGUGUGGAGAAUGCGCGGAGCAUUUCACGCAUAUUGUCGCAAAGUUCCCACCCCAAGUCUCCAGUAGGCAGGCGGCUGCGGGCUGGGCAUGUCACGUGCAUAACGAGGUCAAUAAGAGUCUUGGGAAAGACAUAUUCGAUUGCGCCAACAUUGGUGACUUCUACGAUUGUGGGUGUGCGGAUGAGGAGAAGGAUGACGGAAUGGAG